AUGAUGGCGACCGAGACGACGUUGGCGGAGCGGGGGGAGAGUGUCGGGGUGAUAGAGAGUCAUGGUGUGGCACAAGAGAAUGGGAAGAGGAGGAAACUCCAUGGGCGCGCCUUCUAUGAGAGCAUCGGGAGUCCGAAGCUCGUGCUUGCGCCCAUGGUGGAGCAGUCUGAGUUCGCAUGGCGACUGCUCUCGCGCUCCUUCCUCCCAGAGUCUCAGCAAAAGAACCUCCUAGCGUAUACCCCAAUGUUCCAUUCGAAAAUGUUCGGCGAAAAGAGCAAUUAUCGCGACGCCCACUUUCAGCCCCUCAAGUCGACCGUUCCUUCCCCCAUCGACGACUACCACUUAUCCCAGCUGCGCGAUUCGGAUAGACACCUGGACGGUAACCCAGUCUUCGACAGACCCCUUACUGUGCAAUUCUGCUCAAACGACCCCGACGACUUUCUGCGAGCGGCUAAACAUGUGGCGCCCUUUUGCGACGCGGUGGAUCUGAACUUGGGCUGUCCGCAAGGUAUUGCGAAACGAGGAAAAUAUGGCGCAUUCCUACAAGAGGACUGGGAUCUCAUCUCGAGGAUGAUCCGUAAGUUGCAUGAAGAGCUGGACGUACCUGUAACCGCCAAGAUGCGAGUUCUUGAGACACCAGAGAAGACACUGGCAUAUGCCAAGACGCUCUUGGAUGCCGGCGCCAGUAUCAUCACUGUACACGGGCGACGGAGAGAACAAAAAGGUCAUAAUACCGGGUUGGCGGACUGGAAAAUGAUCCGCCACCUGCGUGAAAACCUGCCCAAAGAGACGGUCAUCUUCGCAAACGGGAAUAUCCUGCAGCACGAAGAUAUUGCCAAGUGUCUAGAGGCGACAGGAGCAGAUGGUGUCAUGAGCGCCGAGGGAAACCUCUACGAUCCCACCAUCUUCGCCCCACCGCCGCCGCCGGGCCAAGAAGGACGUGAGUAUUGGCGCGGUCGGGAUGGCAAAGGGGGAUACAGGAUGGACGCCGUCAUGCGCCGAUACAUGGAUAUCAUCCACAGAUACGCACUAGGCCAGGAACCCCCUUCACGGAAACCUCUCUGGAUGCCGGGAGACAUCGAAGAGCCUGCAUCGCAAACGCAUGGCAAGCCAGAAGACGCAGAAGACGACGACGAAGGCCCCCCAAAAAAGAAAAGGAAGCAAAUGUCUAAAUCGGAAAAGAAGAAGGAAGCUUCAAACCCUAAUCUCACAGCCAUGCAAGCACACCUCUUCCAUCUCCUCCGUCCACUAGUUGCCGAACACCACAACGUGCGCGAUGCACUGGCACGCUCACGAACCGCCGAUAUCGACGCUUUUGAAAACGUACUCACUCUCGUGGAAAAGGCCGUCAAAGAAGGAAUUCAAAAAUACGAAUUCGAACACGCAGACGUCACGCCAUCUGUAUCUGAGCCCGAAGAACCACCAACAGAGCCCCUCGACCCAUACGAAUCCUCGCUAGCGACCGUCGCACGCGUCAAGCGCCCAUACUGGGUAUGCCAACCGUAUGUUCGCCCACUGCCCAAGGAAGCUAUUGAAAAGGGGAGCAUGACGAUGAGUAAGAAGGAGAAGAAGAGGUUGGGGCUCGAGGCUGAACAGAAGGCGAAGAAGAGUGAGGGGGAGGUUGAGGAUGUGGGACUUGUGCCUGGGGGACGGGUGGAAGAGAGGGUCGCGAGGGAUGGGGAGGUUGUUGAGGAGCCGAGGGAUGGGGUGGUUUGUGGCCCCGAAGAGGGCGAGUGUUACGACGACGAGACACGCAUGACCAUCUUCGACCGAGAGGCUGGUUUCCAGACCGACGAAAUCCGCCUCGAGGACAUUGCCUAUGAACUCGCAAACGGUCUCGCAAUUGCAUACUGGGCAGAUGCGACUUAUAGUGGAGAUGGAUGCAGAGAAGGUGUCAUAGGGGCUGGCGUAGUAGGAGUAUCAGGCGCAUUCAGGUACUCUCUUGCAAAGAAUGGCGGCCGCUACACAAGUGGUAGCAACGACGCAGAACUCUUCGCAAUCUCCCUGGCCUUGGAUCAUGCCAAGAACCAGGUCCAGAAAGGAGCACAGUUUCGGCUUGUCCGCAUCUACACUGAUGCACAAGGCAUUCUAGACGGCCUCAACUGUUACACUCCGUUGAAACGAACACUCGGCCCCCUGAUACCUGGAGAGAUGACGGCCCUUGAAGUGCUCGCGAACCUGAAACUCUCCAUGAUGAGGAAACCACCGGUGCCCGGAAACGAAAAACCAACGCCCGAAAAACCACAACGUCCUUUGGAAACGCCCGGUCCACUCCAGCACGCUUCUGAACCUCUCCACCAGCCCGCACGAGCAAUAGGCCACAGAGUAACUUUUAAAAAGCUACCGGAGCGUGAACGAUGGAAUAUUGGAGUUAUCGCGAGGGUACUACUUGGAUACAUGUCUUAG